AUGAAGUCAACGACGUCGGGGUCAUUCCUGCCAUUGCUCUUGCUGUCGUCAUCCUUGUCUCUUUUCCGACCCACUGCACCCUGCUACACAUACAAGGACCAGGCUGACUCGACCCACGCAACUCAUCAAGAACCCGACCCGUGUCUGAAUGUGCAGUGUCCCCCGGGGGCCAAAUGCGUGCCGAAGGUGAGCUCGGGUUCCCUGUUUCCGGGUUCCGGCCCCAGGGCGGAGUGUAGGUGUCCCACGCGAUGUCCCAGUUACGGGGAUGACGCCGGGUCCAGGCCGGUUUGCGGAUCCGAUGGCAGGGAUUACACUAAUCUCUGCCAGCUGAGGAGAGCCGCGUGUCAUUUGAAGACGGAUAUCAGGAUCAAGUACCGAGGGACCUGUGAUCCAUGUGCAAUGCAACCCUGCAUGGAAGGCGGCGUUUGCCAAUUGGACACCAGAAGACAAGCAGUUUGCAGAUGUUCCACGAUUUGUAACUUGGAAUUCAAGCCAGUUUGUGCUUCAGAUGGCCGGACUUAUGCAAAUCAGUGCAUCAUGGAAGUGGAGGGUUGCAAGGCCAAGAAGACUCUGAGGAUUAUCUACAAAGGCGAAUGCUCUUCAGUUACCUGUCUGGCGCAUCCAAUGUCUAUAAAGGAGUAUCUGAACACUCCUUUCCUCACCCAUUGCUGGUCUGGACUGUUGUUGUGCAUGAUCUGA